ACUUCCGGUUCAAUUUUGAUCGCGCUAUCGCACUUUAAGGGAAAACUUUUUGAAAUGCUUUGAAUCAACGCAACGUUUGUCUUGAGAGAAGUUCGUCAAAUGGCAAAAUGCACAAGCUUUUUGCCGAAGUCCUUAACCAGAAGGAUCUGUCUAAAGCAGGGGAGCUGUUCUCUUUGGAGGAUAAGGACAUAGAAGCCGACCUCUCGGACAUCAUUGACCGCAUACAUGACAUUGCUGAUACUGCCGACUAUGACAGCAACGAUAACGAUCAGAGCGUGGUGGAGAUCUGCAUCACCAGGAUCACGACAGCCAUCAGGGAGACGUCUAGUAUAGAGAAGCAUGUCAAGUCCCUGGUGCGUCUCCUGGAGAUGUGCCACACACACAACCUCACCCCCGCCAAGAAGGAGGAAGACCCACCCCACGUCAAGAUAGCCUCUGACGUCAUGAGCUGUCUCUUCAUGCACUACAACAAGCAGUGUGUGAUGACGCUGGCUAUCCCGGCAGUGGUGCAGUUCCUGGACUGUGAGAAUAAAGACCUUUCACGGAAUGUGUCCAGCUACCUCUCCCUUGCCACCAUCGACAAUGCUGACCUCUUGGCUAAACACAUGGCCCUCAUCGUAGUUAGUGUCCUGCGUGGUAACUACCAGAUGAGUCAGGUGAUGCCACAGAUCUACGCCCAGAACCCGGUGCCGGUGGACGACCAUGUAGAUGACCUGGUAGCCUUGCUGGACAAGUGUGACUCCUCCGAGAAAGUUUCCCUCAUCCAGGUCUUUGGUUCCAUUGCCAAGAAGAAACCCCAGCUUUUAGAGGAACAUGUUCCCAAGUUCUGUGAGCUGUUCCCUAGCAACAUGCUGGGAGCUGUGGUGAUGCUCAUGUUUGUUGACAUGGCAACUGACAAACCCAAAACAUUUGUUGAGCAUCGUGCAAAGCUGGAGGAAGUUGCAGAUCAGCAGCCAAUACUGGUGCCACAGGUUGCCCAGAUCAUGGGUGCCAUCGGCACCAUCAGUCAGACGGAAGCUAAGAAGUCGAUGAACUAUCUGGUGAGUAGGUUAACGACAACAGAGCCAGCCCUAUUACCCACAAUCCUCCAGGAGAUACGAGGUAUUGGACUGAAUCACAACACCCUAUUGGUAGACAACAUGGAGGAAGUUGGAAAGCUGGCAUCCAGUGGAUCCAGUGCAGUUCGACUCUUUGUUCAACAAAUGAAAGAAGAUCUCAAGAAAUAUGAUGGUGAGAAGGAGAUGAAAUCAGUGUCAAGCCAGACAGAAGGAACCAUCACUAUCAUCACCGUGGGCAACCCACCGAAUGCAACCCAUCCUAGUGGCACAGUGUCUGUCAAGACAACUACGCUGCCAUCAAGCAAUAUGGCGAGUCAGCAAUCGUUGGCAAAGUCUUCCAGGGCAAGCAGCUCCAACAUGGGUGUUGGGAGUGACCGAGCAGGGAGUCCGACGUCCACACUUAUAUCAGAGAGACUCUCCGCCAACAGCGCCUCCACAUUGACCGGACAGAACCAAUCUUUUGAACCGACCCAUGAUGGUGUGCAACAUUUCUGUGAGAAACAUCUGAGUAAAAUCAAGAACUUCAUCAGCAGCCUCAAAGCCAGGAUCCCCUUGCCAACAAAGUGCAGUGUUGUCAAUGGCCGACGGCGGUACCUGCGCCUCCACUUUCAGUGUUGUAGUCAGUCGGAGCAGUGCCUGUAUUUCAACAGCUACUUCACACUCAACACACGCCUGCCCAAAACAUGGAUACACCUCAUGUUUUUAUCUGUACAGGCACAGUCCUCCUCAGCUCUGAGUCAGCGAGACACCAACGUGAGCUGCCUGAAGCGCUGCUGGGAUGCUCUGAAGGGGGAGCGGGGCAACAGCAGCUUCCUGACCCUCAUGACCUCCACCUUCCCUGCACAUAAGGAUCAAGAUACUCUGCUACAUGAACUCCACGAUGAGCGCUACUUCGAUGUGUUUGAGUUGAGCGUGACGCAGGAGAACUGGGCAUGCUUCAUGUGCAACCACCCAGAAAAAGUGUCCGGCUUGCUACAGGAUGGCCUGCCUGUCAUAGCGGGCCAGCUGAAGGAGAAGAAGGGCCGCUGGAAGUUCCUGAAACGCUGGAAGACGCGGUACUUCACCCUCUCCGGGGGCAACUUCACCUACAGCAAGAGUGAUUCGUGUAAAGAAAUGUUACCAGUCAGCAAGAUUCAGAGUGUGAAAGCAGUCCGGAAGGGAAUCCGGGAUAUUCCUCGUGCAUUUGAGAUCUUCACAGCAGAUCAGACUUAUGUGUUCAAGGCCAAAGGCCAGCAGAACGUGGAACAGUGGGUGCAGUGUCUCCACAUCGCAGUGGCCAGGACACAGAACAGGGACAUACGACCACGUUCUGUGAUGAGCGACACCAAGCUGUAGGAGGGCCGUGGUCCAGCAUAUGAAGAUGAGCAACAACCCUAGAAUCUUGUCACCAUUAUGCCCCCAGAUAUACAUACUUCCCGCCUGUGAUCUAUGAUGUAGUUCACUCUGAGACUGUCAUAAGACCACUGCUUUUGUACACAGCUGGGACCUGUUUCACAAAGUGAUCACAGUGCUAGGACUUUCUUAACUCCUAUACUAUAACAUAGACUUACGACAAUCUUUACUCCUAUAACUUAAAGUAGACCUAUGACUAUAUUUACUCAUGAACUUUAACAUGACUUAUGACUAAUUUUUACAGGUAUAUUUUAACAUAGACUUCUAACAAACUUUACUCCUAUAUUUUACAUAGACUUACGACAAUCUUUACUCCUAUACUUUAACAUGGACUUCCGACUAUUUUUACUACUAUGCUUUAUCAUAGACUUCUGACAAUCUUUACUCAAACCUAUACUUUAACAAAGACUUACGACUAUUUAUACUCCUAUAAGUUAACAAAGACUUCCGACAAUCUUUACUCCUAUAUGUUACAUAGACUUCCGACAAUCUUUACUCCUAUAUGUUACAUAGACUUACGACAAUCUUUACUCCUAUAUGUUACAUAGACUUCCGACAAUCUUUACUCCUAUAUGUUACAUAGACUUACGACAAUCUU